AUGGAGGCAAUCAAGGCGAGCAUUGCUAAACAUGGGAAUGUCUGGUCGCUGCAGACGAACAAGGACAUGAACGAGCUCUACGAGCCGCUUCACGCAGCACAAGCAUCACAAUUCACGGAUUCAGUGUCAGUGGAAAAGGGCAUCAAGUAUGGGACACAUUCUCGGCACCGGUUAGAUGUCUACAAGCCCACGGCAUCGUCAGACAAACCCAAACCGCUGCCGGUGGUGGUGUUCUUCCACGGAGGCGGCUUUACAUCGGGCGACAAUGACAUUACGCCGUCGAUGCACGGAAACUUCUUCGCCAGCAACGGAUGCGUGUGCUUCCUCGGAACAUAUCGCCUCCUGCCGGAAGCCCGCUACCCCUCGGGCGGCGAGGACACGACGGCAGCGCUCAAGUGGGUGCAGGACCAUGCCGGCCAGUACGGCGGCGACAGCAGCAAGAUCACGGCAGUAGGGCAGUCGGCGGGAGGAGCACACCUCGCAAACGCAGCCUUCAGCGGGCUCAUGAAGAAGGCGGAGCUGAGUCUGAAGGCGUUGAUGCUGCUGAGCCCGCCCAUGUCCUACGACCUGCGCCAGGAGCGGCGGCGUCAGAACAUGUUCCUGUACCACGCCACAGAGACGGAGGAGGAGGUGAUGGGCAAGACAGCGGUGUCAGUGUUUAGAGAGGCCAAAGAGGAAGACCUGCAGGGCCUGAAUCUGCUGCUAAUGGUCGCGGAGCUGGACUCGAACGAGAUUGUGGACGGCAACUUGGCGUUUGUGGACGAGCACAGGAAGAAGUUCCGACGAUUGCCGCUGUUCGAGGUCAUGCGGGGCCACAACCACAUCUCCAACACGCUCGAGAUUGGCCUGCCUGGAAGUCUAGUCGCUAAGCGGAUCCUCGAAUUUGCUACUGAAUAG